AUGGCGACCGAAGGCCUCAAGAUGCGGCAUCCGGCUGCAUCCGUGCAGCCUAUAUCCAUACAAGAGAAGAAAGCAGAGCAGAAGAAGAUGGCUGAGCAGCAGCAUCCCGGCGGUGCAAUCAAGCAUGGCUUCUGGGACCAAGCGCUCCGCAUGCUGCUGUUCUUCUUGUACUUCAACGGGAGCUGCAUAGCCAUCUCCGUAACCCAGAUCAUUGGGUCGCCGCUGUACUUUUACGACAAGGACUUGUUCUACGCGUGGAUGGCUAUGACGAAGCAGCAGUUUGGCGUGCUGUGCACCACUAUGACACAUUGGUGGGCGCCUGUGAAGAUGAGGGUCUGCGGGGAUGAGAGUGUGAGGGGUCAGCUCAGGCAGUCCGAGGACGGGAGGCUGGAAUGCGACUUUCCCGAGCGCUUGGUGCUGAUUUCGAACCACCAGAUAUACACAGACUGGGUAUACCUCUGGUGGAUCGCAUACACGUCCAGAAUGCACGGCCACCUCUACAUCAUCCUCAAGGAGUCCAUCAAGUACAUUCCCGUCCUCGGCACUGGCAUGAUGUUCUACGGCUUCAUCUUCCUCUCGCGCAAGUGGGCAACAGACAAGGAGCGUUUCCAAUACCGGCUGCGCAAGCUUAGCAGCAGCCAUAGUGGGCCUAUGUCCGGUUCACACUACCUUGACCCCAUGUGGCUGCUCAUCUUCCCCGAGGGCACGAAUUUGUCUCCGAACGGACGCGUAGCAAGCAAGAAGUGGGCGGACAAGAACAAUAUCCCGGACCUGCGUCAUGCUAUGCUUCCACGUAGCACCGGCACCUUGUUCUGCCUCCAGGAGCUGGAAAAGACAGUUGAGUACAUGUACGACUGUACCGUAGCCUAUGAAGGCGUUCCACGUGGCCAAUACGGCCAAGACCUCUUCACACUUCGAUCUACCUACUUCCAGGGCCGAUCGCCCAAGUCAGUCAACAUGCACUGGCGCCGCUUCGCAAUCAAAGACAUCCCCUUGGCCGACGAGAAGCAGUUCAGCGACUGGCUGCUCGCGCGCUGGCGAGAAAAAGACGACCUCCUAGAGUACUACAUCGAGAACGGCCGCUUCCCCGCCGACGAGGGCACAACGCCUGCCGUCAAUGCAGGAAAGCCGCUGAAAGGCGCAGGCUACAUCGAGACCGAAGUCCGGCCGUCUAAUCCGCUCGAGUUCCUCCAGAUUUUCUUGCCGCUCGCUGCGUUUGCACUUGUCGUCAACGUUAUUCUGAAGUUUGUUUAUAUCGUGUUGAGGACGCUGCGCCUAAGGUGA